AUGUUUCGGCGCUGUUGCGAUUACGGUGGAGUGAACAGUCUUGUAGCUGGCUUCUUCAGGCGGAGUAUCCAGAAGCAGAUCGAGUACCGGUGCCUGAGGGACGGCAAGUGCCUCGUCAUCCGGCUCAACAGGAACAGGUGCCAGUACUGCAGGUUCAAGAAAUGCUUAGCUGUCGGCAUGUCUCGGGACUCUGUGCGGUACGGGAGGGUGCCGAAGAGGUCGAGGGAGCGGAGCGGGGAGGAGAGGGUCUCCACGAGUGACUCCUCAGCGACGCCGCCAGACCCCGAGAGCUGCCCGGCCUACGAGCUCAUCCUCUCUGUGGCCCAGGCCCACGCCUCCAACUGCGACUACACCGAGGAGGCCACAAGGUCCAUAGUCCGCAAGCCCAUCCAAUCACCAGUGUUCAGUCUUCCCAAUGUCCAACCCUGCCUUAUUGAAGAAGCUCCUCCGGCAGUGAAGUCCAGUGGCCUUGGGAAAGCAACUCAGCCACCCCCAUCGAGCAAUGGCCCCGAAGUGGCAUCCUCUACUGUUGAGAAUCUUGAGUCGCAGAGGAUAUGGCUCUGGCAGCAGUUUGCAUCCCAUGUGACACCCAGCGUCCAGAGGGUUGUCGAGUUUGCAAAGAGGGUUCCAGGUUUCUGUGAACUGAGCCAAGAUGAUCAAUUGAUCUUAAUCAAGAUUGGUUUUUUUGAACUUUGGCUGUCUCAUGUUUCUCGGCUCAGCACUGAUUCUACCUUCACCUUCGCUGAUGGAACAUUUAUCACCAGGCAGCAAUUGGAACUGAUUUAUGAUGCAGACUUUGUUACUUCUCUGUUUCACUUUACGAGUUCCUUCAACUCUCUGCUGCUUGGUGAUACUGAACUUGGGCUUUUCAGUGGCCUUGUCUUGUUAUCAAGUGAUCGCCCUGGCAUCAGUGAUGUGAAAGCCAUUGAACGCCACCGAGACAAACUCAUUGAAGCACUUAAACUACAGACCAGCCGUAGCGGACUGGAAACUGGAAGUGUGUUAGCAAAGUUGCCUGAACUUAGGGUGUUGGGAGCAAAGCAUGCGCUUAUGCUGGAUUGGUUUAGGCUAAACUGGGACAAGCUUCGGUUACCUCCUCUCUUUGCUGAGAUCUUUGACAUACCAAAGUGUGAAGAGGAUCUACAGUGAAUGAUUGGAUGCUGCAGUUCUAGCUAAAGUCAGUGUCUCUCCUAUCCUUCACUCUUCUUGCUCAACGGGGGAGCCAAACUCGAGGCGCCUCUUCGGUUUUCUCUAGAUACAUAUCAUUAUUAUCUACCACUAACAAAAACAUUUAGUUAUUUGCAAAGCAAAAAAAAUUUUAAUUGUACCCUUUGACUUCCUCAAAGAGUAUUUUGUAAAUACUAUUGUAUUUUAAAUGCAAACUAGGAACAAAAAUGUUAUUAUUUUGUUGUUGUUACAUAUUUAUAUUAUAAAUAUUAUAUAAGUUAUAUAUUGUAUGAAAUAUUAUAUUUUAAUUUAAUUCUAUUAAGUGAAAGAAAAAUGUACGACUAAAAAAAAAAUGAAUAAUUAAGGGCUCUUUUUAAGGCAAUCGACCAACCCAUCCAUAUCUAACAAAAAGAAAUAUUAAUUUUAAAAAUCUUAAUAAAAUAAAAAAUACAAAAAAAAAAAUAAUAUCUUUAUGUAAAUUGUGAAUUUAUCACACAAUGUGUUCAGAAUACCUUUGCCCGUGGAGCCCUGAAUGGGAAAGUAAUUUUUUUAAAAAUUAUUAUUGGUAAUAGUUAGGGCUGCUAAGACUUAUUGAUAUAUCAUUAACAUAUUUAACUACUCUUAGGUACCUAACUUUUGUUGAAACAGCACUCAGAUUAACUGCCAAUAAGCAUUCCAUAAAUUAAUUGGGUUGAAUUUUUAUAGAGUAUUUUGGUUGAGAUAAUAGUAAGCAUAUUGACCCUUGUUACAGUAUAUCGAUAGGUCUUUUACAUUCCUAGCUGUUUCGCAUUUGAUGCUCACAAAUAGGUUGUGAUCCAUGCUUUAUAACUUGAAUUAUUAUUUUAAAUAUUUUUUUUAUUUUUUUUUUAUGUCCUAUUUAGUUUUGAUUGUUUUAUAGAAUCAAUUUAAAAUUGUCUGGGAAUCUUUCUUAUCCCUAACUUUCCUCCUCCUCUCUUGACUGAACGGUGCUCCACUAAAAACUUCCUUCCUAUCUACUAAUUUGUAUAUAUAUACAUAUAUGAUGUAGAUAUGUAUAUAUAUAUGAACUUUAUGAGUGUUUAUUGUGAUAAUAUGCUGUUAAGGCAUGAAAGCAUUCCUUAUUGACACAUAGUGUGAAUUCGUGUACAAUCAUAGUGUGAUGGCUUUUGAAGUACUUAAAGGAAAAAGUACUUAUAUUAGCUAAUUUUCAUUUUUCCCAAAAGCUGGGAAAAUCACUAGUGAUAUAUCUUAGGUAUAAAAUUCUAUAUUUACUUUUUAUGUUUCUGUAUUUAAGAGUGUUUAAGGAUAUCACUGUUGUUGAUGUUUGGUGUCGUUUGCUUCCCCUACUGUACAAUCUGUUCUGUAAUGAAACACUGAGGCAUUGUUGUCCGUGGUGAUGUGGUGCACAAUCACUGUGAUAUUAAUCACAGUUAGUUAAUGUGGACUGUCCCAGUCUGCGAAGCUUUCAAAAUGUUCCACUCUAUUAUAAAUUAUUCUUUUUGUAUUGUUAAAUGUGCCAAACUGCACGAAACCCAUGCAAUAAGACACAAAAGAGUUAUACAAUCAAAACCUUUUUGAUAAUACUCUUUAAUAAUAUACUAAAGACUUAUAGGUGUGAUUUAUUGUUAGUCUAUAUCGCUCUGAGGCGUCCAAUCAAAUAUUCUCUUUUUAAAUAAGUGUUCUAUUCUUCACAAGUUUUCAAUCGAUGUUACUCCUCAAUUUUUUCAAGUCAUUUUGGAACUGUUUUAAAAUCAUUUAUAUAUACUUUAUUGAAAAUAUUAACUUUUUAAAUAAAUUGAUCUCCAGACAGUAACUCAUGUCUAUAAAUUUAACAGUGUUCAACUUUUUACAUGAGUGUGUAAUUUUCUUAUUAUUGAUGUGUAUUUCGAUUUUCUUCUUUAUUUGCUGUUGUUAUACUUUAUCUUCUUCUUCAUCAUUACAUUCCAACUCAUAUUUUGCUUGAAAUCUUAAGAAACUGAAGAAUAUGAAUGUAUUACUCUUUGUUUACUAUUUACUACUAAUCUUUAAUGUAACUGAUAAGGGUUGUGAUUCCAUAUUAGGAUAUGUAAGAUAUUAAUAAAUUAAAUAUUAAAUCAAAUUGCAGAUUGAGAGCACUCUUGAUAAUCACGUUUUUUACAAAUUUUCAGUACUAAUUUUAUAGGUUUAUUUAUUAUUAAUUUAAAAUAAAAUUUUGUACUAGGUUUCUAAGUAAAAUGUAGCUUGUGGAUUAAAAUAAAAAAAAAAUUAAAAAUUAUAAAAAAAGUACUAUGAUAAUUUUGACUGUACUAGGAAUGGGUUACAUUGAAUGAGCGUACAAAUUAGAUAGUAUGUGUAUACUUUGCUUUGAAAGCACAAAUUAUUUUCUUGUAAUAUUCUGUAUGAUGCUCGAAAUUUGUCGCUUUAUAAAGCAAAAUGCCUUUAACAGACGUGUUAGCGUUUUGUUUAGAAAAGUGCAGUCUAGUACUAGAGAUUCCACUGCCUUCUGGCUCGACAGUUGGUGAGCCUGAUUGUAUACUGUAGUUCUAGGCAUACUAUCUGUAAUAAUAACUUUCUAUGAAAAAUAGUUUUAAUUUCUUUUUUAUAUUUUAUGAUAUUAUUUAUUGUUUUAUUUCUUGUUUGUAAUUCUUCAUACAUUUAUAUAAGUUUAGAUUUUUUAAUAUGAGUGUGUAUAUUUUAAUUUCUUUGUAAUUGUCUUGUCUCACAAUUGGAUAAAAAUUACUGCAUUUACUGUAUUGUAAUGCCAUGUUGACUAUUUCCCAUGUUGGAAGGGAAGAAUAUUACUUAUAAAAAUGUUCCUAAGACUAGUCCUUUUCACUUAUUUACUUUUUUGUAAAAGUUAUAAAUCUUAAAGAACGAUAAUUUUUAAUCUGAGUUAAUUACAGGAUAUUCACCAUCUGAUAAUCAUCACAAACAGAAAUACUUGGUUUUUGUAAAACAAAGAUUGAUUUCACUCACUGAUAGAAAAUUGAUUAUUUAUUACAAAAAAGGACUUUUUAAUUUUAAAAUUAAAAUUUUAAUCCAAAAUGUUUUUAAGAAGUAUUAUAGUAUACAAUUAAUAUCCACAAUAAAGCAAAUAUUACAAUUAGAAAGUAUCAAUUUAUUUCAUACAUUGUUGUUAACAAGCCAGACUUGCUAUUUCUUUAUUUUAAAUAAUCAUGAUUUAUUUUUUAAUUUAUUUAUGUAUUUUUGUUUUGAUAUUAUUUUGACAGAAAAUGACUAGUCAUAGACAUUACCUUUACCAUCAGUGUCUCUCAGUAGCUAUAAACCUUAAUGUGCCAUUUUUCAUAUUAGUUAAAUUGUUUGUUUCCAAUGGUUGGUUACUGAUGAGAUUGAAAAUUUUCGAAAAGGAUUGCAUCACUAGCAUCAGAGCCAGUAAAUGCAGUUAGUUUUUAAUUUAUCGAAACGGCUUCUCACAUGUCACAUUGCAACAAUACUCACGCUAGCGACACAAUCUUUAAUGAAACAAGUGCAAUAGUUUGGUGUGAUACACUUGGCAUUAAAUUAUAAGCACAAAAUUCUUUUAAAUGUCGGUUUAUCAGGGCAGGCCUAAUAAGGAAAAAAAUAUCUGAGAACACGUUAUGUUUCAUUUGUUGUAAUUACUUAUAUUAUCCUUGUUUUAUUUAGUUUUUAAAUAAGAGGAAAAGGCUUUAAGAUAUUCAAUAUUUAUUAUUGUAUCGUUCUUAGUGAAAAUAUUAUGGCAAAAUGCCAUUUGUUGUGUUAUAAUUAUUUUUAUUAUUACUUUUUUUUUAAGAAAAUGAGUUUUACUAAAAGGUUGCUUUAGAUAUUCUAUUGUAGUUACUAUAUUGUAUAUAAUAUACAUAUAUAUUUUUAUUUUAUAUGCACUCCCGUUGAUUUCUUAUGAGGUGUUGUAAUUUAUAUGAUUUUUAGAAAGACAUUGCCAGAAUAAAUGGGGCUGGUUUAAAAAAAGAUUUUUUUUUUUUUUUUAUUCCCAUGAUGAUCCACACCACUUUUACCUUCCCACCCUUAUUUUAUUUGUUAUAAAUAUUACAUUAUUAGAAAUAUUAAAGCGUAAACCAUUUACUCCACAGCUACCAGGAAACCUAACAGAACUGCCCAACAACAAUAAAAUGUUU